AAAAAAAAAAAAAAAAAAGAACUUGACUUUCGGGCGCUCUGGUCUGGAACAUGGCGGCGCGGUCGUUGUGGGCGGUUCAGCGGCUGCAGCGCCUCCUGGCCUCCAGGAUCGUGUCGCAGAGCUGGGGAUGGCUCCACCCAUUCAGCACUGCCACCCCAAGAAAGGCUGGGGAAGACUGCAGUUCUGAGGACCCUCCUGAUGUACUCAGUCCCUCCCUUGCUGAACAGGCCUUAAGGCUAAAAGCUGUUAAACUGGAAAAAGAAGUCCAAGAUUUAACACAAAGAUACCAGAGAGCUGUCGCUGAUUCUGAAAACAAAAGGAGACGAACCCAGAGAUGUGUGGAAGACGCCAAGAUAUUUGGAAUCCAAAGCUUCUGUGAGGACUUGGUGGAGGUGGCAGACAUUUUGGAGAAGACUGCUGAGUGCUUUUCAGAAGGAGCCAAACCCGAGGACCACAAGCUCACUCUGGAAAAAGUCUUUCAAGGACUGUCUCUUUUAGAAGCAUAGCUGAAAAGUGUGUUUGCCAAGCAUGGCCUAGAGAAAAUGACGCCCAUUGGUGACAAAUACGACCCUCAUGAGCAUGAACUCAUCUGUCACAUGCCAGCAGGUGUUGGGGUACAGCCUGGCACUGUGGCAUUAGUACGACAAGAUGGCUACAAACUUCAUGGCCGCACCAUUAGACUUGCCCAAGUGGAAGUGGCCGUGGAGUCUCAGAGAAGGCUAUGAACGAGCCACCAGGAACUAAAACUCUCCCAGGGUCCUGGCCCCUCCGUCCCCUUAUUUAUUAAGCUGAAAUUUUCCCGACUACCGGGGUGGCAAAACAAAACAAGAAGACAUGAAUGUUGUAAAGGGACUCAUGAUGAGGAAGGAGGUGACAGGAAUGGGAGGAAGAGAUAAGUUCCUACCACCAGUCAUCUGUCAUGUUGAAGAUUCAAAGAUGAACAUCACACUUGUGCUAACACCAAAGAAUUGGACUGGCCACUUAAUAAAAAACAUUACUGUUUCUUUUUCUCUGA